AUGGAAUUAUUCGUGUGCAACAACUGCUUCGCCACACCGCACAGAGGAAAGAAGCCAUUUUGUUUGACUCAGUGUGGUCACAUAUACUGCAACGGAUGCAUACGACAAGGCAAUAACAAACAUAGACAAACAUUACUCGCGCCACUGCUCGUGUCCGAAACACACACGGACACCCGAGAAACAAUGCCCGCAAUGUCAACAGAUCGAUAUCUUUUCCGUGGAAUUGCAACAACCCUCGCUGUCCAAAGUAGAAAAUUUCUUCGUUCCGUUGAACGAAUCGUUGGAAUCGUUACAAAAGACAUCUGGUUUUCAAAACAAUCAGAUAAAAAUUACGCUAGAACGCUUUCACGAAAUCUACGAAACGUUGAAGUCCCAUUAUUACAAUCUGACGCGGAACAUGAAAGUAAUCAAGGACAAGUACCUCAAGCUGAAAAUGGAGAACAUCGAACAAAGGAAGAGACUGACGUCUUUCGAGAUUCAACAUUCGAGAUUCAAGGCUUUAAACUCUUUCAGCGAUACGUCCACGCCAAAGUCCAGCAACCAGAAAACUUUCAGAACGAGGUACACAAACCCACGUCAAAUUCGUACGUUUCGUCGCGUGGAACAAACGUAUCGAGCAGCAAAUCGUUCAACGCGACAAAGGGAAAGGCGACGCUCGACAGUUUUCGUAUUCCUUUCGACCCUCGCGCGAUGCGAUCCAUUGAUUCUCGCGCAACCUCAACCGCCAAUUCCACUUAUCUUUGA